GGAGGAGGGGUGAAUGUGCUGGAAGCAGCAGUUUUCUAACCUCUUUACUGUAGCUGAACAAGCUUUAAGAGGCAUCAAGCAUUAGGGGGGCUAGGAAAAACCAGGAGCUAGUUACUGUUAAUUGAUUUUUGCAGCAGAAUGUUCUUACCAGAAGUAGAGCUAUUUGAGCAGGCUUCCAGGGAAAUGAUUUGCAUUUGGUAGAACUGCCCCUCAGUUCUUGCAGCUCACACUGCCCUUGUGGCACUUUAACACUAGUCACUUGUUGGAGGCUGUGCAUUUGAUGUUUUGAUUUUCACCAGUUGCUCGGCAGAAAAGGAUUGUGCAACAGUCGAGGACUAGGAGGCUUUGGGAAGAGGCGGAAAACAUGCAUUCAGACCUCCAAACAGGGAAGCAGUAAGAGAAAUUGCCUAAAUUAUGGAUAAUCUGCUGCAUAAGUCUGUCUUCUCCUGUUUUAUAAAGCUUCCUAUCCAUGCAGUUUGGAAACUUAUAUCGACAGUGAAAGCCACGAGGAUUCAAGAAAAGGUUGCACGUCUUCAAAAAAUCCCUGAUGGUGACAAUGAGACAAUGAUUCCUGUACUGUCUUCAAAAAAAGCAAGUGAAUUGCCAGUUGAUGAAGUAGCAAGUAUUCUGCAAGCUAAUCUUCAGAAUGGCUUAAAAAACUGUGAAGUUUGUCAUAGACGGGCAUUCCAUGGAUGGAAUGAAUUUGAUAUUAGUGAAGAUGAACCACUGUGGAAAAAAUAUAUAUCCCAGUUUAAAAACCCCCUUAUUAUGCUUCUCCUGGCAUCUGCAGUCAUCAGUGUUGUAAUGCAUCAGUUUGAUGAUGCUGUCAGUAUUACUGUGGCAAUAGUCAUUGUUGUUACAGUUGCCUUCGUUCAGGAGUACAGAUCAGAAAAAUCUCUUGAAGAGCUUAGUAAACUAGUGCCUCCAGAAUGCCAUUGUGUGCGAGAAGGUCGGGUGGAACACACACUUGCAAGAGAUUUAGUGCCAGGUGAUACAGUCUGCCUCUCAGUGGGAGACAGAGUCCCAGCUGAUCUACGAUUAUUUGAGUCUGUGGACCUUUCUAUUGAUGAAUCCAGUCUCACAGGUGAGACAGCUCCUUGCUCUAAAUCUACAGCUCCUCAGCCAGCAGCGACUAAUGGAGACCUCACUUCUAGGAGCAAUAUUGCUUUCAUGGGGACAUUGGUCAGAUGUGGAAAAGCAAAGGGGAUAGUUAUUGGAACAGGAGAAAACUCUGAAUUUGGGGAGGUUUUCAAAAUGAUGCAAGCAGAAGAGGCUCCAAAGACACCUCUGCAGAAAAGCAUGGAUCUCUUGGGAAAGCAGCUUUCCUUGUAUUCCUUUGGCAUAAUAGGAGUUAUUAUGUUAGUUGGCUGGUUGCAAGGAAAGCAUAUCCUUGAUAUGUUCACAAUUGGUGUGAGUUUGGCUGUAGCUGCAAUCCCUGAAGGACUCCCAAUUGUGGUAACGGUGACACUGGCCCUUGGUGUGAUGAGAAUGGUGAAGAAACGGGCUAUUGUAAAAAAGCUGCCUAUUGUUGAAACUUUAGGUUGUUGCAAUGUCAUUUGUUCAGAUAAAACUGGAACUCUGACAAAGAAUGAAAUGACUGUUACCCAUAUUUUUACCUCUGAUGGGCAGCAUGCUGAGGUUACUGGAGUAGGUUAUAACAGGUUUGGAGAAGUGAUGCUCGAUGGUGAAGUUAUUCAUGGUUAUAACAACCCAUCCAUUAGCAAAAUUGUGGAGGCUGGUUGUGUGUGCAAUGAUGCCUUGAUUAGAAACAACACAUUGAUGGGGAAGCCAACAGAAGGUGCUUUAAUUGCACUUGCUAUGAAGAUGGGUUUAGAUGGAGUCCAGGAAGACUACAUAAGGAAGGCUGAAUAUCCCUUCAGCUCAGAACAAAAAUGGAUGGCUGUUAAAUGCAUUCACAGAACACAGCAGGACAAACCUGAGGUUUGCUUUAUGAAAGGUGCUUAUGAACAAGUCAUUAGAUACUGUACAUCGUAUUACUGUAAGGGACAGAGCCUACCCCUGGUGCAACAGCAGAGAGAGCAGUACCAGCAAGAGAAGGUGUCUAUGGGUUCUGCAGGGCUUAGAGUUCUGGCCUUAGCUUCUGGUCCUGAGUUAGGACAGCUGACUUUUUUGGGGCUUGUGGGAAUAAUUGAUCCCCCGCGGACUGGUGUAAAAGAAGCUGUUACUACACUCAUCACCUCAGGAGUUGCAAUAAAAAUGGUUACUGGAGAUUCACAGGAAACCGCAGUUGCCAUUGCUAGUCGACUAGGAUUGUAUUCCAAAAAUUCACAGGCAAUCUCUGGAGAAGAGAUAGAUGAUUUGGAUAUUCAGCAGCUUUCUCAAAUAACACCAAAGGUUGCAGUAUUCUACAGAGCCAGUCCCCGACAUAAAUUGAAAAUUAUAAAGUCCCUGCAAAAUAAUGGUGCUGUGGUAGCUAUGACAGGAGAUGGAGUGAAUGAUGCUGUUGCUUUGAAGGCUGCAGAUAUUGGUGUAGCCAUGGGACAAACUGGAACAGAUGUUUGUAAAGAGGCAGCAGAUAUGAUCCUCGUGGAUGAUGAUUUUCAGACAAUAAUGUCUGCAAUUGAAGAGGGUAAAGGAAUUUAUAAUAAUAUAAAAAAUUUUGUUAGAUUUCAACUGAGCACGAGUAUAGCAGCACUGACUUUAAUCUCACUGGCUACAUUAAUGAACUUUCCUAAUCCUCUCAAUGCCAUGCAGAUCUUAUGGAUCAAUAUUAUUAUGGAUGGACCUCCAGCUCAAAGCCUUGGGGUGGAGCCUGUGGAUAAAGAUAUUAUUCAAAAACCUCCAAGAAAUCUGAAGGACAGCAUUCUGACCAAAAACCUGAUUGUUAAAAUACUGGUUUCAUCAAUAAUUAUCGUCUGUGGAACACUGUUCGUCUUCUGGAGAGAGUUAAGAGACAAUGUAAUAACACCACGAGAUACAACCAUGACUUUCACCUGUUUUGUAUUUUUUGAUAUGUUCAAUGCUUUGAGUUCUAGAUCUCAGACAAAAUCUGUGUUUGAGAUUGGACUUUGCAGUAACAAAAUGUUCUGCUAUGCUGUCCUUGGAUCUAUAAUGGGGCAGUUAUUGGUCAUUUACUUUCCUCCACUUCAGAAGGUUUUCCAAACAGAGAGCCUGAGUGUCUUGGAUUUACUGUUUCUUCUGGGACUCACUUCUUCUGUGUGCAUAGUGACUGAGCUAAUAAAGAAGUUUGAAAGAAGCAAGGAAAAGAUCCAGAAACGUGGAAGUUCUUCUUCAUCAACUUCGUCUUUUCUUGAUGUAUGAUGCAUAUUGCAUUCUUGUGUUUGAAAACUUAGUGAUUGCUGUCUAAAGAUGUUGGAGAAAGCAAAACACUAUCUGGAGGAUAAAAGAAAUCCUGAGGGCUUUUGACAAGUCCUGUGUUUCACUGGCUAAUGAUGAACUUCAUGUUUCAAGACUGUUUAGAAUUUAACUUCCAGCUGUGGAAGUAACAAAUGAAAUUAUGCAACUUUGGUAACAUUUUUCCUCAAACAUGAAUUUACUUUUAAGAUUGAAUGGUAUUGUGGGGGGGAGAGGGCAGGGGUUAAUUUAAAGGAAGAUCUAAGCCCAAGUCCCAUUUUCUGCACUUAAAAGAUAUAACUGUGUAAAAUCCUUCUCUUAGAUAUAAAUAUUUUAGUUUGUUUUUAUUUAAAACAUUGUACUAUUCUACUUUUAUGGUGAUGGGACUUUGCUACUAAUACAAGGAUAAAAAUAUUUCAGAGGCAUUCCACUGGGUUUAGAGUCUGUCACAAGAGUGCCAUAUUCUAGCUACUGUAUUUAUUUACUUUAUCCUGCAAUGUGUAAGCGGCUCAAGUACCUUGUGCUACAGUUUUUUUUGUAUCCCAAGUUUGGUUUUUUUUUGCACAGGAUGUGACCGCUAUCGGAUCACUGUUUUUCUUUUCUUUUUCUGUGAUUGAAAAGCCUAUACUGCAAUUUUAAGUAAAUGUUUGCUUUUCUUA